AUGGUGACGAGUACUUCGUCCUUUUUGGACAUACCUCGGGACACAGUGCCAUCAAGAGCCGGCAAUCUGGACUUUGACGCCCGUGUUCCGAUCCCCUUUAGCAUCUUCCCGUCGACGUACAGAAACGUCGCCGCCGCACCUACCAAGGUUAAAGAAACUCACGUCGAGGGUGAGAUCAAGCUUCCAGCUCUAAAUCAGAGCUCCUCCGGACGGGACGGUCACCAAUCUUCUUUCACCGCCAGCCUUCCUCCUCAGGAGCAAGAGCAACGCACAGAGGAAAAGGUCCACAUCAACGUUAAGGAGGACCGACACCACCGUCCGAGCCUAUUCCGCAGACCUAUCCAGGAGCACUCUACCACCCACAUUGACGUCGACUUACCUCAUCGUCACCAAGAGCAGUCGCAGCAGUUCCAGCAGCCACUGAACCUGUACCACUCAGACAACAACCUCAACUCGACAAUCGAUAUUGCCGAGCGUCAAUACCGCACCCGCUACCAACCUAACUUCCAAGAGCGCGUUAGCAUCGAAUCUUCCGUUAAGCCUUCCAAGGUUAUCAUCAACGACAACAUGGGUUACUACGAUGAGGCUGGUCACUACCACUCUUUCCGCAACGGCCUCCACCAUGCCGCAGACCGCAUUGUGAACGGCAGCCACCACCACCACCACCCCGAGAUUGACGUAGAGAUCACCUCCACCACCAGCGGUGGCAGCAGCCAAGCUCCCCGUUCUCAGUCACUCCAGGGUGGCGGCAUUCCCAACACCAUCACUAUCCCAACCAACCACGUCCGCAUUGGCGACAUCGUGAUCCUCCAGGGACGUGCCAGCCAGGUCAUCAAGAUUACCACCUCCCCUGCCACUGGCCAGCACCGCUUCCUCGGUGUUGAUCUCUUCACCAAGCAGCUGCACGAGGACUCUUCGUUCAUCUCCAGCCCAUCCCCAUCUGUUGUUGUUCAGACCGUUCUCGGCCCUGUCCUCAAGCAGUACAGAGUCCUUGACCUGAACGAUGGCACCGUCGUCGCCAUGACCGAGACCGGUGAUGUCAAGCAGUCUCUCCCAGUUAUUGACCAGUCCAACCUCUGGGUUCGUCUUAACGAUGCCUUCGAGAGCGGCCGUGGCUCCGUCCGCGUCCUCGUUCUCAACGACCACGGUCGCGAGCUUGCCGUUGACAUGAAGGUCAUCCACGGCUCCAGAUUGUAA